CCCGAUAUCUAUCAUUUAAGAAUUAAAGCUUUUCAUUCAAUAUUCACUUGCAAUGUGAACGAAGGAGUCUCCUCCUUCUCACUCUCUAUAUAUUUGGUGCAUGCACCUGUGUAUCACUCCUUACCCUUUGAAUCCCAAGCUAGUCUUUUUCAUCCCAUCUAUUUCCUUCCAUUUUCCUAUCUUUGUUUCCAAGAAUUGACCAGUCAGGGUUUUGUUAGUGUAAAACAAAUUAAGGAAAGGAUUUCUUCUUCUUCUUCUUGUUUUGUUUUGAGAGUUAAGAUGAAGAAGAGAACUAGUGAGUCAUCCAGGCUUGACAGAAAAACAGUGGAGAGAAAUCGGAGGAUUCACAUGAAAGAUUUAUGCUUGAAGCUUGCUUCUCUACUCCCUCCUCAUCUUUUCAAACCCUCCAAGGACAUGCUAUCACAACAAGAUCAACUUGAGCUUGCUGCCUGCUACAUAAAGCAACUGAGAGAAAGAGUAGAGGGACUGAAGAGGGUAAAAGAAGAACAAGCAAUCACAACAACUCGAACAAGCAGCAGUGCCAAGACUAGUAUGAUGAUUGGCUUGAGAUUGCCAGUGGUUGAACUAAGAGAUUUUGGGUCAACCAUAGAAGUGGUGUUGAUUAGUGGGUUGAACAAGAACUUCAUGUUUUAUGAAGUUAUCAAUGUUCUUAGUGACGAAGGAGCUGAAGUUAUCAGUGCUAGCUAUUCAACUGUUGGAGACAAGGUUUUCCAUACAAUUCAUGCCCAGGUUAGAAUUUCCAGAGUUGGUGUGGAGACUUCAAGGGUAUGUGAGAGAUUGCAGGAACUGAUUUGCUAAGUGUUUAUAAAGGUGUCCAUCAAAUGGAGAUGCUUAAAAAUAUAAUUAAUGUCAUUAAUUGCCUCUAAAUGCAAUGCAAUAUGUGAGAUAUUUGUAAUUAAGAAUGUAAUAAAAUAAUUAAAUACAAUUAAGUGUAACGGCACUAUAAACCGAAGGGUGUAAUGGAGGCUAAUCCAUUUCAUUCAUUAGUUUCCUUGUAAAUCUAAUAUCUUAAAGCAAUGCGAUUAUAUAUUAUGUUUGAUA